CUACCAUACCCGCCGCCUCCCCAUCCCCAACACCACCACCACCACCAACCCCGCUGGGUGCCACGAUCAGCCCGCACGCCCGCACGCACGCUCUCAUUCGCGACCGUGUGCGGCCGUGAGCUCUAACCACCUCCGUCCAGCACUUGCGCUCGCACAAGUGUGACUGAGCUUCUAGAGACUGCUGACUCAGGACCAGAGGAGACUCCCGGAGGAUAGAUACCAGGAGCAAGGAGGUAGACCCUGAGGAGGAGGAGGAAAAAGAGACAACAGGAGAGGAAACACCAAGAGAAGAGGGCACUUGCAGCUCAGCUCAGAGUCUGCGAGCAAUGACGGCCCUCUGGCUUCACUCCGUGUGCCCGGGAAGCCUCCCCCACUUCUACUGACGAAAGCGCAACUCGGCAUGUGAAGCCACCGGCAGCGGCAGCAGCGGCAGCAGCAGCGGCGGCGGUGGCGCCCGGGAGCAUGGCGCUGCACACGUCGCCCUUCCCCAACGCGUUCCUGCGCGCGGCGCACGCGGCGGCCUGGCUGCUCAUCGUGCCGUGCUACUGGCUGUGCGACCGCCUGCUCGCCACGCUCAUCUCCGGCACCUGCGAGCGGCGACGGCGGCGCGACGGUGCCGGCGGCGGCGUCGGCGUCGGCGCCGGCGACGACGCGCGCUGCCCGCGCUUCCUCUUCGCCGUCGUGGUGGCGGCGCCUCUCUACCUGGCGCUGCUGGCCGCCUCGCUGCCGCUGGCGCUGCUCGGCUUCGCGGCGUGGGCGCCGCUGCAGCUGGCGCGCCGCGCCUACGCCUACGCCGGCCGCCCGGACCCGGCGCUGUCGGCGGCGGCGGCCCGCGCCCGCCUCGAGUCGCGGCCGCUCGCGUCCGGCCGCAGCUUCGCCUUCGCCACGGCCAACGUGCGCCUCCCGCCCGACUCGCUGGCGCGCGUCGGCAACUUGUCGGACACGCAGUGGCGCGCCCGGGAGAUCGGGCGCAGGGUGCGCACGGGCGCCAGCCGCCCGCAGAUCAAGAUCUACGUCGACUCGCCCACCAACACGUCCAUCAGCGCGGCGAGCUGGAGCAGCCUCCUGGUGGUGUCCUCGCAGGGCGGCGGCGCCGACUCGGCCGGCCCCUCGCCCGCCGUCAGCCUGCGGAGGGCCUGCGCGAUGGACGGCGGGCCCCGGGGACGCACGGCGGUGGACUCGGCGAGCCCGUCCCCGGCAAUCGGGCACCGGGAGCGGGCGGACGCGGAGCGCGACGGCUCGGCGUGCGUCGACCUCUCGGGGAUCCAGCUCGUGCUGGCCGAGCCGCCCGCUGGGCCGGAGGCCGACGGCAGGAAGACGGUGACGUACGGCGAGGAGCAGCAGCCGCAGCAGCGGGGAGGCGGAGGAGGAGGAGCGAUGACGCAGGAUAGCCGCACGUCCUCCAAGGAGUCUCUCUCCCAGCCUCCGCGGUCGCCCGACUGGGCCAGCACGGACGCGAGCGGGUGGCCCACGCGCUUCGUGUACAAGCCCUCGGUGAUGAAGAAGAGCUCCAUGCGCAGGAAGAAGCCCACAGACGAGCCCUUCGACUACGAGAUCUCCUCGUUCUUCCCGGCCAACCUGGACUUCCUGUGCCUCCAGGAGGUGUUCGACAAGCGGGCGGCCGAGAAGCUUCGGACGCAGCUGCAGGCGUACUUCCAGUACGUGCUGUACGACGUCGGCGUGUACGGGUUUCAUGGCUGUUCCUUCAAGUUCUUCAACAGUGGCCUCUUCUUCGCCAGCUGCUACCCCAUCCUGGACGCCGACUUCAGGUGCUUCCCCAACGCCAAGGGCGCCGAUGUUUUCGUGUCCAAGGGAGCUCUCUUCGUGAAGGUUCAGGUUGGGACCACUCCUCAGGAGCGCCGGCUCGUGGGGUUCGUCUCGUGCACGCACACGCAGGCGACCGAAGCAGGCCACGCGUCGGUGCGGUGCGAGCAGCUGGACCUGCUGGUGCAGUGGCAGGCCGAGUUCCGCAAGGAGUGCAGCGGCGAGGCGGCGGGCAGCCCCGCCAGCCGCGACAUCGUCCUCUUCGACGUCAUGUGCGGCGACCUCAACUUCGACAACUGUUCCAUGGAGGACAAGUUGGAGCAGCACCACCCGCUCUUCACGCACUACCGCGACCCGUGCCGGCAGGGCCCCGGCGAGGAGAAGACGUGGGCAGUCGGCACCUUGCUGGACCAGGAAGGCUUGUACGACGAAGAGGUCGCAUCACCAGAAAACCUGCAGAAGGUGCUGGAGAACGAGGAAGGCCGCAAGAGCUACCUGGUGUUCCCGUCCAGCAAGAGCCCGCGCUGCGACCAGGGCGGCCGUCCCGUGCCGCUCCGGGGCAGCGGGCGACGUCUCGACUACAUGCUGCACACGGAGGAGAGCUCGCUCGAGUGCCGCACGGAGGUGGAGGAGUACUCGUUCAUCACCCAGCUGGCCGGGCUCACCGACCAUCUCCCCGUCGCCAUGCGUCUCCUCGUGUCCUCUCUGGACGAAGAGCCCUGAACGCUGCCGGACACCGGCAGCUGGGAAACCACCGCCGUUGCCGCCGCCGCUGCCGCCGCCACCAUCACCACCAGCGGCUACAUCCGCACCGGCUGAACGUUGACGGCCCUGGCCCUCGGAAGCCGGACUCGCCGGCGGUGGAACUCGGGAAGCUCUUUGAGCGGUUCAGCAAGGUGGCUUUGUUGGCACGGCCGCCCCGCGGAGAAGCUGGAACAGCCAGCGGUGCGAUGCGGUCGGCGCGGCCUCGAAUCGGCGCUCGCUGGAACGCGGCGAUUGCAGUGGCGCCAGCUGCACGGCCGCACUGACGAUCGGCCGUUGAGAACGCGCGCUGACGGAAGUGCCGACGCUCGGCUUGCCUCGGGGUGAAACGUCGGUCUCGGCGUCGCGGUGAGCGUUUCAAGUUGCCGUGGGGUCGCCGAGAUGGUGAAAAGGCUCCGCUCCUCGUUAGCAUUCCUCAAAUUGACCAACGGGGAGUGACGUUGACAUUUGAUCAGAUGAGAACUGUGGUCCCAGUGGACGCUUUUUAAAAACCUGCCGUUUUAAAUGUAAUUUACAUGUAGGCACUGUGUCUGAUCACCCACUUAAUGCCUUGAGUCAAACAGAAGUCAGUCAACUGUGUUGUCCUACGAUUAUAUAUUAUGGCCAUUCGCAACGUGUCUGAGGCUGAGACUAUUUUAGCAUGGGACCUCAUUUUAAAAUUACACCUUAUUACAAAUCUUGUCAGUGUUUUGUCCGUGCAUUUGAGUGCAUAAAACCAGGAAUGUCUCCGCACUACACUAUUGUUCGCUGGCGGAUAUCUCCCUCAAGUAUCAACAGCAUCAAACAGCGCCAGUGGAGGAGAUGUGACAAAUCCGUGCGAAGCCUGAGACACAUUCACAGCUGAAAGUGCAAGGGGUGUCGCGCUCGUGUUUUAUCCACGCUACCCUCAACGCGGGCGUGAUAAAUCUGCCGAGAUGCAGACGACCCUCCGUCGGUUGGCCUUCGUUAAUUACUUUCAAUGCUGACGACGUUAUCGUGAUAGUAAAGAUUUUGCGAACUUUGCAGGAGCAUUUUGUAACGAGGAAUUGCUGACGACGUUACCAACUGUCGUGCAACUCCGUCAAUGUUUGUGAUUUUGAAAAUGUUGUUUUAUUUUGUGAACGGGCAUGAUUGCAAGUUUGUAUUGAAGUUAUGACAAGUAGUAAACAAUAUUUAAAGGGACUACGUGUUUUUAAUAUUAUUGCUCAGCCUCAUAGUAGUAGUGGUGGUACUUUUGAGAGAAAAGGGUUUUAGUGAAUUCCCAAUGUUUUUUAAUUCCAAAUAUCCCAAUCACUGCCACCAGCAAUCGCUCCUUGGGAGUCAGUUUUUUUACAACUCUUUGCUAUAUUUGUUUUGUUUUGACACAACUAAUUUAUUAUGAUUCAGCCAAACGCAUGUACGUAUGAGGCAUGAUCCACUGGCUUUUUGAAUUGCGAUUUCAUUUAGUAAUAUGCUAUUGGAGGGCUUAUUCAGAAGGCAAUUUGGGCCAGAGCGAUGGAGCCUACGGCGUGACAAGGAAUGGAAGAGACGAGACUGGGAAACAUUCACUUGAGUGGCUUUCCUCAAUCGGGUGGUGGCUUCUAAGUGGUGCUCACGAGUGGGAAUAAAUUGUAGGCUAUUGCUGGAAUAAACCAUCGUUUAAACGAAAUGCUUAUAUACAUGUAAACAGUGUUGUGAAUGAGUUGUUAAAAUUACGGACCUGUAGCUUUAAUUUUUUUAUUAUUAUAUUUUAGUAACCACUGACGUUUCAACAAUGUAAUUAUUACACUUAAUUAUUUGUACAUUAUAUUAAAGCAGAUAUUAAAAGGUUAAUUACAUUGAUGCACAUUUUUUUUUUAGUAUCUCAUUCUUGCACUGUUACAUAUUUGUGUUGGCACCAACGGUGUAUUUUGUACGCUUGGCCGUCUCGUUUGUCACAUUGGAGAGAAGUUUUCAUGAGGCAGACAUCGACUUGACACGCGCAGCAAGUCUCCAGCAAUGACGCAAUCCUCGAUUUUAAAAGGUACUCGUGAUGUAAAUGUCUUUGACGAUCCACUGCUGGAUCGAGGCCUCCGCCUUCCCAGGCUGCGUCGGUCAUUCGGAUCUGUUUGACCAUCCUGGUCAGACACGCUGGUCUGUGCGGGUCGGUGGAUGUUGCAUUCUGGGUGGCUGUCCUUCCCCCGCACCUCCGAUUAGCACUCUUGGCUAUGUACGGUGCGAAAGAAGUUCAACGUACGUACAAUAACGGUGGUGUCCAUAUUACAGCAAACGCCUCUUUGUGCCACAAAACAAAAAGUACAGAACACAUGUCGUUACACGAGGAUUGCCUUAAGCAAACCGAGGUGCAACCUCGAAAUCAUUACGAUAUAAAACGUUGUCACGUGCACUAUAUGGCUAACGGCGAGCUGUGUAUUUAAGUAAAGCUUGUUUUUUUAACGGCCAGUCAAUUUGUUGACGCUCAUUGAAAGUUGCAGCCAAAACAUUGAAAGCGUGGCAAUCGUCGGUUGGUGUGACCUUGUGGAGCUUCGUGCUCUAGAUACCUUUUCAACUGUCCUUCGUGUAUUGACGCGUGGCUAAGAUUCAGUGGCAGAGCGUCGUUCACAUGGGACCUUGGUGCAAGGAAUUAAAUGGCCCCCCCCCCCCUCCUGUCCCCCCACCCUCUUUGAAGCCCAUCGCCUCGGCCUCCUGUGGCUUCUGAGCCCCGGGGUAGGGCACCACGGUGGCUAGGAGAUGUUAACGACCUCGCCUGGUGUACAGGAGGUCGUGGGUUUGAUUCCGACCCUGACGCCUGCUGCUGUAUAUUUGGAGUCUGCGUGUCUCUCUCUCACCAUCAUCACGGUGGCUAGGAGAUGUUAAUGACCUCGCCUGGUAUACAGGAGGUCGUGGGUUCGAUCCCGAUCCCAACGAUGCCUACUGUAUAUUUGGAGUUGGUAUGUCUCUCUCUCCCCGUGGUCGCGUGGACUUUUCUCCGCGUCCUCCGGGUUUUCCCUCCACAUUUAGAAACGCGCGUUUGGAAUAUUUGGCUGCUACUAUAAAUUUCCACACGAUAAGCCACUUCGUUGGGCUAUCAUUUGUGAUGGCCAGGUCACUCUUGAAAAAGAAAUACGUAGCUCAGUGGGCCUUGCCUGGUAAAAUAAAUAAAAAGUUUAAUAGUUUAGUUUUUGGUCGCACCGCCUACACACUCGAAAGGCACACACUGCCGCUAAGAUGAUGGAUUUUGAACUCAUUGACAGUUAAAGCGAUGACCCGCAGACCCAUUGUACGAUGUUUUUUUUUCAUGCACGCGAUAAGCCUAAUGGUUCGCAGUGAAAUCGGUCAUAACAACAACAAAAACGCAAAUCGUCAUGAAUCUCCGCGCCGAAUUACCACUCCUAAUUCACGGCCGGAGGAAAUGGCCCAUCCCUGCAGCUGUUUCCAUGGAGUGCUCGCGGUCAAUCUCACGCAGCCCAUCACCGGAGCCGCAGAACGACA